AUGCCUCCGCGUCACCAAACACUCCCCCCGGCCGCCACGUCGUCCGCCCGCGAGGCCCAAAAGUCCUUCUACUGCGCCCUCUGCGCCAAGGGCUAUGCCCGCAUGAACGACUACGAGGCGCACCUCGGCAGCUACGACCACGCGCACAAGCAGCGCAUGAAGGACAUGAAGGCCAUGGUCCGCGACCCGGGCGCCGGCGCGCGCGCGCGCAAGGCCGAGGCCAAGGCUGACGGCCUCGUCAGUGUCAAGAUGCCCGACGCCAGCGGGGGGCCGUCGACGGGGGGGUUCAAGAAGGGCGGGUUCAAGAAGAGUGGCUUCAAGAGCACGAUGACACCCGCAGAGGGCCCGGCGCCGGCAGCGCAGCAGCAGCAGCAACAGCAACAGGGCACGGCGGGAGUGCCACCCGUGGUGCAGCCCGAGACGGUGGUGACGACAAAGGCACCUCUCGGCACGGGCCUGGAAGAGAGCGAUACCGAAGACGAAGGCUACGAAGUAUACGAUCCGAGAUACCCGACCGACUGA